AUGGGCGCCGCCGCAAGCUCCGCCCUGAAGGGGCCCGGAAAGGGAGGGAAUAAAGACGGGGAUACCAAAUGCAAAUAUAAUGUCUGGGUUUGGAAACUUGUGAUGCAAGCCAGGGAAUACUGGGCGCACUGUCAUGCGUGGGCAAGCAUGACAAGUUUUUGAGCUGCUAUGUGUAGCGUAUUCCGCAUGGCAGACUGCGCUUCGCAUCACAGACAAGACGAUCUUAUUACGCCUUCGCAUGACCGGGUUCCGAGUCAUGUCAGACUAGCAUGACAAAUCUGGCAAUCUUCCACACCCAGACAUAUUCGCAUUUGAUAGGGGAGAAAAACAAGCAACCAUCGCAGCACCAGCAGUGGCGAAAGCCUAAAGAUUAUGCAAUGCAAAAUUUCGUACCAGUAUAAAUUACAUAUACAAAUAAUUAGCCCAGCAUUACAAAUUUGAAUUUGUAAUGCUGAUUUACCUUGAGAAAGAGAUUUGUAAUGCAUAAAUGCAAUUACUACGAGUACGAUACUUUUGCACUGGAUAAAGAUUUGAAGGAAAUCAAAAAGCAGAACGAGCAGCGCAGGAAAGAGCAAGAGGAGCUGGAGAAGCGACGAAAAGAGGCGGAAGAGAAGCUGAGAAAACAGAAGGGUAGCAAAUGCAAAUAUGUUUGCGUCUGGAAACUUGUGAUGCUAAAACGUGGAUGAUGGAAACAGUUCCGCACGCAUCCCAGCAUGACAACUUUCUGGAACGCUUUCUCAUAGGCAUGAGAAAGUGCGUUUUUGUAGUAUGUACAAAAGAGGCCCCGACUUCUUUUGUUGGUUAUGCAAUACAGACUUCCUAGGCAUGGAAAGCUAGCAUUACAAGUUCCAACCUUCCAGACCCAGACAUUUUUGCAUUUGAUAAAGGAGCUGCUCGAACAGGAGCGAAAACGGUUGGAAACGUAUCCUGAAUAAAAACUUCCCCACCCCAUAGUCAAAAUGGGAAAGCAAAUCUGCUAGACCAAUCUACAACCUUAGGGUGUUGCGCAUGACAAGUUUGGUCGCGUAGUGUAGUCCUUUUUAGCUCGUUCAGAAGCAUCACAAAACUGCCCCACCGUGCUGAUUGGAGCAUUACAAAUCCCAAAACAGCACGACGAGGAGUCGCUUCCCAUCGAGCUCCGCAUGAGAAACGUUUUGAGCAUGCGUUUUUGCAUGACAGCUUUGGGUUGGGGACGUUUUUACAUGGGAGAAAACGGCCGAAGAGAUCGACGGAGCAGAAGUCGUAUGAACUGCAAAAGUAUCGUACUCGUAUUGCAAUCAUGCAUUACAAAUCUUUUUCUUGAGGUAAAUCCGCAUUACAAACCUUAUUUCUCAUGCUGAGGAAACUUGUAAUGCAUUCAUACGAGUACGUUACUUUUGCAAUGCAUAAGUCGGAGACUACGUCGCGGGGCAAACCACAGCGGGAAACACCGCGAGCAGCCCGGAAUUGAGUCAAAACAACGACAUAUCCUAUGUAAAAACAUCCCCACCCCAGAGUUGUCAUGCAGAUCUGCAAUGACAAGAACAUUUCUGAUGCGCAUCCCGAUGAUGGGCAUUUCCAGUCGUGAUUUGGAACUUGUAAUGCUGUAAACGGGAUAAGCGGAUGGAUUUGUAAUGCGGCUCUCCACACUAACCUGCACUACAGUACGAACUGAAAUUUGUCAUGCGUGACCACCAAAACUUCUAGGUUUGUGUUGCAAAGUCCCCAUCUUGACUCUGUGGUGGGGACGUUUUUACUCAGGAUACGACAACUACGGAGCAGGAGCAGCGGGGCAGAAUGGCGAGCAGAACUACAAUUUCAACCCUGAUAUCGAAUGCAAAUAUGUCUGGUUCUGGAAGUAGGUUGCAACUUGUAAUGCUGUGCUUGGAUUCUAAAACAGUUAUGUAUUGCCUGACCAGCAAAAGGAGUGCCGUUCUUCCUACGCGGAGGGGGCAUUUAUUGUCAUGCGCAAUAGGCAUGAUCAGGGAGCCCUCUAAUAAUCUGUGAUGCUAAGCCGUGUAGUUGUACAGGCAUUCUGGGCCAUGCACAUAUGCAUGACAAAGAACCUGGCAAUCUUCCAGACCCAGACACGUUUGCUGUUGAUGCCUGAUUACGUCUUCUUCGACGAUCAAACGGGCAAAUUAUCACAAGAAAAAACUGUUUCACUGUAAACUUGUAAUGCAGAAAAUGCAUCUGAGAAGUGUUUGUCUUGCUAGUCAUGCAAGACAGUGGAUUUUUAGCUGUGUUUUCCCUUAGGGAUCUCGCAUGGCAAAUUUUCUCUGUGAAGAUGUAGAGCAAACUUGUGAUGCAGAACUUGCAAAAUCCUUACAGUGAAACACUUUUUUCGUACGAUACAAAUACAUCGCCUACGACUACGACGAGCAGGGUAAUAUCAUCAACAUGCAGGACGUCUUAUCAAAUGCAAAUAUGUCUGGGUCUGGAAGGUCGCCAGACUUGUCAUGCAGGUUUUCCAUGACGCAUGAGGGCUGUGGCUGUCAUAUAUGAGCUAGCAUGACAGAUUCUGCGCGACCUCUAUCAUGCCUCGCCUGCAUGAGAAACUGCCUCUCAACUUGGUCAGAAGUGAGCAGCUUUUGGCAAUCACGCAACACAGAUUUUCGCACUAUCCAGAAUUAGCAUGACAAGUUCCAGUGUUCCAGACCCAGACAUAUUUGCAAUGCAUACGUCUCGGUGCACUACGAAACGGCGGCCGAGAAAGCGCUGAAGAAAGCGGAACAGGUAUCCCCAGUAAAAACAACAUCCCCAUCCCAGAGUUAUGAUGCAGAUUUGCAGUGACAGGAAGACUUGUAACUAAUGCGCAUCUCCACGAGAGGCAUUCGCAUUUCCAGUCGUGUUUUGAAAUUUGUAAUGCGGUAAACAGGAUAAGAUAAGGAGAUGGCUUUGUGAUGCGAGUUUUCGUACUUGCUACAGUGCACUACAAUACACAGAAGAUUUUGUCAUGCGCGAAUUCCAAGGCAUGUGGAUUUGUGUUGCGAGAUCCCCAUCUCGACUCUGGGUUGGGGACGGUUUUUCACAGGAUAGCAGGUCGGGAUUUUCGACAUUAUGGAACACGAAGAGGUUAUGCCAGGAAAAAAGCGUCACAGUUACACAUUGUGUUGGAGAACGCGCAAGACAGACAACCUCUCUCAUGCUGGAAAGGCAUGCGAGCCUCGUUUAUUCAUACGUGUUUUCCCUUAGCAUCUCUGCAUUGCAAGUUUUCUCUGCAAUGCAGAGCAAGUUUGUGUUGCUAAAGUUGCAACAAAUGUGUAACUGUAACACUUUUUCCCUGUGAUAGAGGUGGUCCCCUCGGAGUACGUGAAGAACCAGGAACGCAUAUCCUAUAUAAAGACAUCCCCGCCCCAGAGUUGUCAUGCAGAUUUGCAAGCACAAGAGCAUUUGUAAUGCGCAUCCCCAUGAGAGGCCUUUUCCACUGUGUUUUGGAACUUGUAAUGAUGUAAACAGGUUGAGGAGACGGAUUUGCUAUGCGGCUUCCCUUGCCAAGCUGCACAACAGUACAGCCUGCAACUUGUCAUGCGUGACUCCCAAAAGUUCAAGGUGUGUGUUGCAGAACCCCCUUCUUGACUCUGGGGUGGGGAUGUUUUUGCUUAGGAUAACGCAAGGAAAUCGAGGAGCGGCUGAAACAAGACGAGAUGAAGAGGUUAUCAAAUGUAAAAAUGUCUGGGUCUGGAAACUUGUGAUGCUGAAUUGCGCAUGUUUGAAGCGCUUCCAAUGGCAGCCAAGCAUGACAAGUUUUUGAGAGGGCUGCUGAUGCCUAGCACGCAUUACAAAUUGCGUUUUCGCAUGACAAAGAAAGCCUCUGUUUUGCUGCUCAUGCAACACAGAUUUUCCAGGAAUGCAUGACACGCAUUACAAGUUUCAACUUUCCAGACCCAGACAUUUUUGCACUUGAUAGAGGUCCAAGCAGAACGAAAUCCUGCAAUUGCGGCAAAGGGUAUGAUAGUGCACAACUGCCCCUCCCCCUCAUUUGUAUGGCAUGAACAGCAUCACAACCACCAACAUUCAUGGAGCCUGUGCAUGACAAGUUCACGCGCCGAGUGUAGUACUGUUUCGGCUUGUUCCGGAAUUUGUAAUGCAAAUAGUGCCAUAAGGCACCAACUGGAUAUGUGGUUUUGCAUUACAAAUGAGGGGAUGUUGUGCACCGUUAUAAAGGGAAGUGAAAACGGGGUCGAUUUUUGGGAAUCCGAAAAGAAAUUCGGACGUGCUGAACGCAAGUCAGCUGGGGAGCAGUCAAAAAUUAUGCGAUGCAAAACAAGUAUCCUACUCGUAUAAAUGCAUUACAAAUUUCCUCAGCGUGAGAAAAUCUGUAAUGCGGAUUUACCUUUAGAAAAAAAUUUGUAAUGCAUGACUGCAAUUACUACGAGUUGUGCGAUACUUUUGCACAGGAUAGAAAUCCAUUGGGACCAACAACAGCCUCCGGUCGAGCCAAUUGUCGCUCAACAACACCCAGGAUAAGCAGGUUUUACAGCUGCAGGACGAGUUGGUCUCCAAGCACGAGAAGCUGAAACUACCGGAAAACAUGUCCUUAGAAAACACUCUGAUUGACGCCGCGAACAAAAUCUGGGAGCAAAUUAUCCGGGAAAACAAGUCCCGCCGAGUAUUACAAUGAACAAUGCCCCCACCCCCGAACUUGGGAGAAUUUGUAUUGCAAACCUUUCCAAAAGAAACAUUCGCCCUCUUGCAUCUAUCAGCAUCACAGAUUUCCAAUCGUGAAUAGCAAAAACUUGUAUUGCAAAAGAUCCCAGCAAAAGCGGCGCUUGUCAUGCAAGCGAUGCGAUUCACGCCUAGACCCUGUAUCAGAAAGAUUCAUACUCCUUUCAUGCAUGACAAAAAGUUUUCUUUUGGAAAAUUCGCAUCACAAAUUUUUGCAACUGUGGGAGUGGGGGCAUUUUUAACUGUAAUACCGAGCGGAGUUGAACGCGAGCGGCGGGUUAGGACCCCCGGGCAGCACGUUGACGUAUCAAAAGAAAAAAUUCCCCCUCCCCAUAUCGAAAGCGACAUCUGUGACGCUGUAUUUGAGUACACAAAUCGACUUGUAUUGCUAGAAGGCCAAGAGCCGCAGUUGUGGCCUCGUUUGCAGGCAAUUUGUCGUGCUAUGUCGCACUUCCAGCUGCCUCCUGUCGUGCUGAAGAUGCAAGGCCUUCCCACGCCGCCCAGCACUACAGGCCGCAUCUUUUGUUCCCUUCUAGCAUGACACAGCUGAUUUGUGACCACAAAUCUGCAUCACAGAUUUCCGCUUUGAUAUGGGGAGGGGGGAUUUUUCUUCUCGAUAUGACGCAGCCGCAGAACAACACGACCAAUGCGACGUCGCAGAGAACCAGCACGCGACCCUCGCAAAACAAUAACAACUCUCCGGCCAAGGCAAAUUUCGGCAACGACCUGAAUAACCCGAACGACCCCACCAUUCUGCUCACGCUGAAGAAACAGGUGGAAGAGGCGGCGCUAUUGAGAGGAAAAAAUCCCCCCUCCCCAUAUUGAAAAGGUAUGUUUCCGAAAAUUUGUGUUGCUGAUUUGUGGCCACAAUAAAUCAGGUUUGUCGUGCAAGAAGACAAGUGCAAAGGCUUCCCUCCCAUUCUGGAAGCGAUUUGGCAUGCUGUUUGGCCUAGAGGGCAGCCGUUUGCGAUGCUAAGCAACUAGAUCCAGGCGCACCUAUCCAGGCGAAGGAUCUGGCCGCAAUGCCUUACAGCAAGACAGAGCGCAUUUGCGUACGCAAAUUCAGCACGAGAAACUUCGUUUUGAUAUGGGGAGGGGUGAUUUUUCUCCUCGAUAGGCGCACUCUCUGGAGGCGUACGAGAACGACCUGGAGACCUACGCGCAGCAGAAGUAUGCGCUCAUACACGAACUGGACCAGCUGGUCUUGAAGAUCGAGCCCAACGCGAUUUUGGGGUAUAACGAGCAAUUGGAAACCGCCUACGAAUAUCCAGUGCAAAUAUGUCUGCAUCUGGAAACUUGUGAUGCACAAAAGGAAUAAAUAGUGAGCACACUCUGAUGCGCUGCCAAGCAUGACAAGUUUUUUCGUGGUUCUGAGUUGCGUACUCCGCAUGAGAAACUGCGUUUUUGCAUGACAGGCAAGAGGAGCCCUUCGCGGCCGCGCAAUACAAAGUUCAGAGUCAUUCUAGACUAGCAUGACAAAUCUCGCAAUCACCGCCCAGACCCAGACAUAUUUGCAGUUGAUAACGAAUUUGUCGAGGGCGAGUUCGCCAUUCGGAAGGGGAAACUGUGCACCAUAUCGCAAGAAAAAAUUGUUUCACUGUAAACUUGUGAUGCAUAGAAUGGAGCACAGAAGUGUUUGUCUUGCUACACAUGCAUAGGGCAUUGGAGUUUCAACCGUGUUUUAUUCCCUUAAUUUUCUUUGUCAUGUACAACAAAUAACCUGUGAUGCAAAACAACUUGCAAAAAAAUCCUUACAGUGAAGCACUUUUUUCUUGCGAUACACCAUUCACAAGAUCCACCACCAGGAGCUGCCAUAUGGGGUUCUCAAACGUUACAUUCUCAACCGUUGCAUGAUUUGUCAUGCAAACUGACCAUGAGGCGCCGGACGAUGAAGCCGCUUCGCAUGAGAAAUUCUCGGAGGGCCAAAUAGCACUAGAAUCCGCACCAAAUCUGUAAUGCAAGAUGCGCAAGGUUCUCCCUCUCGCCUGUGCUAUUCUUGCAUUACCAAUGCAUGUAACAGUUGAGAAUGUAACAGUUGAGAACGCCAUAUGCCACCCUACUACGAAGUGAAACCCUACUACCACAACGAAAACUUGACAAACAAUUUCACCAUGAAUCAAAACAUCAUCGGGACCGAGGCGACCAAGCUGAAGGCAUUGGGACCGGUGCUAUUGAGAGGAAAAAUCCCCCCUCCCCAUAUCAAAACGAAAUUUCUGAUGCUGGAUUUGUGUACACAAAUCCGAGCUGUCUUGCUGUAGAGCACUGCAGGCGCAUACUAAGUGUGAGUAGAGAGGUUUUGGCCUAGGCACUUAGCAUGAAAAAUGUCAGCACUGUAGGCCCAACAGCAUGACAAACCGCCUGCACAAUGCGGCGGAGCCUGCGGAGUUGCUUUCUUGCAAGACAGACGCGAUUUGUGGCCGCAAAUCAGCAUCACAAAUUUCCAAAAGUAUACCUUUUCAGUAUGGGGAGGGGGGAUUUUUCCUUUUGAUAGGUGCAGGCCGGGCAGGUCCGGGCGAAGAUGCGAAGCAUUGUAUUACAAUAAAAAGUGCCUCCAUGGCCCCGGGAGUCAGUCGCAACAGUUUCUGAGAUGCAAAGUUUCCAAACGGAAACUUUCUGUCUUGCAUGAAAUAAGCACUCUGAGUCUUUCUGGCACAGAAUCUAGGCUCGCGAGGCACCUUUUGCAUGACAGGCCCGGCUGUUGUUGGGCUCUUUAGCAACACAAAUUUUAAGCUGUUCAGCAUCGAAAAUUGGCGAUGCUGAGACAUGCAACACGGGGAAUGUUUCUAUUGCGAAAGGUUGCAAAAAUACGUAUGCUCCCAUGCUUCUGGGGUGGGGGCGUUUCUCAUUGUAAUACAUUGAUGUGAUUGAGUCCAAAGUCGUCGUCGCGGACGAAGGCAAGCGAAACGCGGAACAGGACUUGGUCAUGAACCACAAGAAGCUAGAGGAGUUGUUUCAAGCCAUGAAGCUUGGGAAGGACAUAUCCAAGAGAAAAACGUUGUUAGUGUAAAUUUGUGAUGCGCAACAUGCAGGAUUGCGUCUGUCAUGCUUGGCAUGCAUCGUAGGGUCCAUUAGCGGGCAUUUUCACGUACUAUCUGCGCAUGACAGGUUUUUGCUGUCAUGCCAGACAAAUUUGUAAUGCUGUUCCUCCUAAAAAGUUACACCUACAAUGUUUUUUUCUUGGAUAGGACAAUCCGCCCGCGAAUCCCGGACCCCCGGUCACCUUGCCCAUCCCAAUGCUGCCGACCCAGCCACAGCAGCCCGUGGAUUUGAACAUGACGAUAUCCAAUAAGAAAAGAUUGUAGCUGUAACUUUCUUGGAGGAAUAGCAUCACAAAUCUGUCUGCGAGCAGAAACCUGUCAUGCGCAGACUGUACGUGAAAACGCGCUUGGAAGUAGAGCCUAACGAUGCAUGCCCAGCAUGACAGCCGCAAUCACUUUGCAUGUUGCGCAUCACAGAGUUACACUAACAAUGUUUUCUUCUUCGAUAGACAAGAACGCGGGGCAUAGCCGCGCAGAACAUUCCGCGCCCGGUUAGUAGCCGGCCGAAGUGGAAGCCGGGGAUGGGGCCGGUGAACAUGUAUCAAAAUGAAAAAUCCCCCUUCCCAUAUCAACGUGGGAAUUUGUGAUGCUGAUUUGUGGUCACGAAUCACCUUUGUCUUGCCUACACGGAAAUGGGAACUAUGUGGCGCAUUCCACAGUCAGUCUGUCAUGCGCUUUCGACUGCUGCAAACCUAUUUGCCAUGCCUAACGGCUAGCCUUCUGCAUACCCAAGAAACAGGCCCAGAAAAUGACCCCAACCACUUUCUGCAAGGCAGACCUGAUUCGUGUAUGCAAAUCCAGCAUCAGAAACCUCGUUUUUUUAUAUCGGGAGGGGGGAUUUUUCCUUGUGAUAACAUGCCCAGCAUUGAAGUCGUGAAAAAGUGGGCACAGCCGGGUAUGCAGGACUACAGUCCGCCACAUAAUCAGAUGGAAAGCGACAACGUCAAUUUGAACCAGAACUAUAGUCAGAACAACUAUGGAGGUCCUGGCGCAGGACAGCAUUACAACUCUGCGAACCCGACUACCCAAUACCAGUACCAGCAGGUGCAGGGCGGCGCGGGCAUCUACACGAGUCCGGUCACGCGAAAUUCCAGUGCGUCCAAUAGCAAGGAAAAAGAGAAGGAACGGGAGCAGCUUAUUGUGUGUAAAAACGUCCCCACCCCAUAGACAAGAUGAGAAAUCUGCUAGACAAAUCAGCCAGCUUUGGCUGUUGGGCAUGACAAGUUUGGCUUCGUAGUGUAAUCCUGUUGAGCUUGUUCAGCAGCGUCCCAGGUCUUGCCUAUUAUGCUGAUUGGAGGGAGCAUUUUACAAAUUCCAAAACACGGCUUCGAGCAAAUGCUUCUCAUGGUGCUCCGCAUGAGAAACCUUUUUAGCGUGCAGAUUUGCAUGACAGCUAUCGGGUGGAGAUGUUUUCACACAGGAUACAGCUCAUUUUUCAGCACGGGGAGAAGAUGCGACAAGAAGAGUACAUGCGCCAAGAGGAAUAUCCGAGAAAAAAACUAUGUGAGUGUAAGUCUGUGAUGCAGAAAAUGCAAAACUGUUUACACUUGUCAUGCUGCUCUUCCGUACAAAGUUACACUUACACAGUUUUUUUGCUGGAUACAGAACAGAGAAGCAGCCGAAAAAAUUCGAAGUCGCAAAACAGCGUACCGACCACCGGGGGUUUCGGGCUGCCGUCCAUGGAAAAAAUGCAGGCGGAUAGGGCGAAGUAUUUUAAUUUGUUUUUUUCAAAGACUGUAAGAAGUACUUUACCAAUUAUGGCCUCACUGCUGGCAAAAGAUGUUGUUCUUGGCUUGUUCAUCUUGCAGUGAAAAUAGUAGUUGUCGUCCGGCGGAAGAUGUUCUUCCAGUGGGUUUUUUUUGUGAAUAUAGAGUACGUUUUAUGUUGGUCAAAAAUUUUGAAACAGGAUGGACCAGCAGCAGCAGCAGCAGCAGACCCAGCAAGCUCAACAGCAGCAACAGGCCGCCCAGCAGCAGCAGCAAGCCGGGAAGACAAAAUGGAUUCCCUACUCCACCUAUGCAUUGCAAAUAUGUCUGGAUCUGGAAAGAUGCAACUUGUCAUGCUCAAUCUGGAUCGUGCCAAAAAUUUGUGUUGUAUGAUCAGAAAGAGAUGUCCACUUUUAAACAAGUUCAGAUGGAGUUUCUCAUGCAGGAUAGGCAUGACAGAGACCGUACAGAGUCUGUCAUGCUAGGCCCCGCAUUCCAGACCUCAUGGGUCAUGGAAAACCUGCAUGACAAGUUUACACUCUUCCAGACCCCGACAUAUUUGCAUUUGAUGCCACCGAAGACGGCAACGUCUUCUACUACAGCGAACAAACGGGCGAAUCGGUGUGGGAACUGCCCGCAAACGCAGAAGUCGACUACAGUAACUGCGAAAACGACACUAAUGUCGAGCAGCAACGGCAGAAAGAGGAGGACGAGUACUACCAACAGUACGGGUACGCAAACCGGCAAGCCUACGAAGACGCUUGGUACAAGGCGGAGGCAGAGAAACAGGCGAAAGAGCAACAGAAAAUAAAGGAACAAAAGCAGGACCCUAUCCUGAGUAAAAACGUCCCCACACCAGAGGCAAGAUGGGGAUUUUGCAACACAAGCCUAGAAGCUUUGGGAGUCACGCAUGACAAAUUGCACUCCGUAGUGCAGUGCAGGAUAGCAAGUGCAGCCGCAUCACAGAUUCAUCUGCUUAUCCUGUUCAUAGCAUCACAAAUUCCAAAACACGAUUGGAAAUGUUUACCAUAGGUAUGCGCAUCACAAAUGUCCUUGCCAUUGCAAAUCUGCAUGACAACUCUUGGGUGGGGACGUUUUUCCUCAGGAUAGACCCGUUUUACCACUUGCGACAGCACGAGCAGCAUAUCCUGUGCAAAAGCAUCUUCGCACUUACUCGUGAUGAUUGCAGGCAUGCAUGCAUGACAAAUUUCCUUUCCAAGGUGAAACAGCACGACAAAUUCAAUUUUUCAUGCUGAGAACAUUUGUAAUGCAAUUUAUACUAGAUAGUGCGAUGCUUUUGCAAUUCAUACAGCAACAGGCACAACAGCAAGCCGAGUGGGCGGAGUGGUACUGCUGUAAAUGAGGUUUUAUUUUGGUAAAUGCAUGGAUCGUGUGUGCGCUAUGCAUGACAGGCAGCUGUUGCGUUGCGCUGCCUCGCAUGACAAAGGCAAGUUUCUUCGAAAAUAUAAUCUACAGGUACAAGCAAUAUCAAGCGUGGUACGCCGGGAGUGUGGGUGGACAACAGCACCAACUUAUGGGAAUGAAAUAUAUACUUCCUGUCAUGAGGAUGAGCUUUUGUUUAAAUAGCAUUUUAUGCAUGACAAAACCGCUCUGCAGUCAUGCAGACUAGGACAGCAAAUGACAAGUUUAGUAUUUCAUCCCCAUAUUGCACAACCAGCAGCAAAACAAUCCGUAUGGAAAUAACAGCAGCCAGCCCUUCGUUGGCAACCCCUACCAAAACCAGCAAAAUACCAAUGCGGGCUACGGAGCACAACAGCAACGGGGACCACACCACAAUGCAAACUCCCCCGGUAUGGCGUUCUCAAGCGUUACAUUCUCAACUGUUACAUGAAUUUGUAAUGCAAGGCUAGCACAGGCGAGAGAGAGAACCUUGCGCGUCUUGCAUUACAGGUUUGGUGCGGAUUACAGUGCUAUUUAGCCAUCCGGGAAUUUGUCAUGCGAAGCAGCUCGAUCGUCUGGCGGGUCAUGGUCAUUUUGCAUGACAAAUCGUGUAACAGUUGAGGAUGUAACGUUUGAGAACCCCAUACCCGGCGGGCCACAGCAUCAGCAGAACCAGCGACCUCCCACUGGGGGAACCCCGAAUUUGCCGCCCGGGGUGCGCUAUCAAAUGCAAAAGUGUCUGGGUCUGGAAGAAUGCGCGAUUUACAUUAACAUUGCUUGACUUCCGGGUUCUGGUACGGCAUACCCCCAGCGAGAGGUGAACUCGACAGGUGACCUCGACAGGUGACCUUGACAGGUGACCUUGACCGGUGACCUAGACAGGUGACUUGGACAGGUGACCUGUACAGGUGGCCGCGACAGGUGACGACGACAGGCGAGGCGAGAGGAUAAAUCACAGGCGAGGCCAGCGCCUACGCUCGUGUCGUAUGUUAUUGACGUGAAAAGCAAACAUUUGCGACACAGAAAAUGAAAAAGAGAAAAGCGCAAAAAAAAAAACUGCGACGCAGAACAUGAAAAAGAUAAGAGCGCAAAAACACAAACUGCCCCCACACACACACAAAGAAGUCUCUGCGUCGCGGUGCAAAAAUAUUAAAAAAGUGCUUUCUCUUUGCAAUGCACGCCCAGGGGGAGACGGCUGCUUACUUCGCCUCCGGAAUCGGGAAUGAGUUGCAGCCGGGCAGAGAUAAGUAUGUCCUCUGCUUCUAUUUCUGUUUUGUCUUGCAAAAUUAAUGCAGGGCACCUAAUUCAUCCUUUUGCCAAUAGCGCUUAGCGCACUAAGCCACUAUGCGCGCGCCUGGUGAGAGGCGAGGGGCGGACGCUGUCCGCACCGAUGCCGAGCACCCUUCCCCCACUAGCGCUUCGCGCACUAAGCCACUAUGCGCGCGCCUGGUGUGAGGCGAGGGGCGGACGCUGUCCGGCCCGAUGCCGAACACCCUUCCCCCACUAGCGUUUCGCGCACUAAGCCACUAUGCGCGCGCCUGGUGUGAGGCGAGGGGCGGACGCUGUCCGCCCCGAUGGCGAACACCCUUCCCCCACUAGCGUUUCGCGCACUAAGCCACUAUGCGCGCGCCUGGUGUGAGGCGAGGGGCGGACGCUGUCCGCCCCGAUGGCGAACACCCUUCCCCCGCUAGCGUUUCGCGCACUAAGCCACUAUGCGCGCGCCUGGUGUGAGGCGAGGGGCGGACGCUGUCCGCCCCGAUGGCGAACACCCUGCCCCCACUAGCGCCACUAGGGACGGGGACAAGGCCCCAGCGUGGGGACCCUGUCCCCACGCGUGGGUCUUGUUUGUCAUGCAGCUUUUCCAUGACCCAUGACAUGAGGUCUGGAAUGCAGGACCUAGCAUGACAGAUUCUGUGCGAUCUCUCUCAUGCCUAUCCUGCAUGAGAAACUCCCUCCCGACUUAGUCAAAACUGGACGACUUUUGGUAAUCUAUCACGCAACACAGAUUUUUGCACGUUUUCAGAUCUAGCAUGACAAGUUGCAUUCUUCCAGACCCAGACAUUUUUACAUUUGAUAUGCGCGACCCUAAGUUGAAGCCCAUUUUGGACCCACAGUUUGAGGACCGAGCGGUAUGGCAAGGAAAAAUCCUCCCUCCUCAUAUUGAAGACGCACCUUCUGAAAAUUUGUGAUGCGGAUUUGUGACCACAAAUCCUGUCUGUCUUGCGAGAAGGCAAAGCCAGGCUCUCUGACACGCUAUGCAGGCGAUUUGUAAUGCUGUAAGGACUGCAGGGCAGCCGUCUACCAUGCUAGGCGCCUACACCAAAGAGCCUCUAUCUAGGUUGGCGAUCAGCGUGCAGUCCUCUACUGCAACACAAAUCUGAUUUGUGUACGCAAAUCCAGCAUCACGGAUUUCCUUUUCGAUAUGGGAAGGGAGAGCUUUUCCUUUUGAUAAGCGGUUUAUCUGAUGAAAGCGGGGAUCUUGAAGGAGAUGGAACUCAUGGUCCAGAAUAAAACCUCGAUAGAGGAUCGGAAGAAGGCGUUGCGAAUAUGCAACGAAAAAAGUGUUUACAGUGAUACAUCCUGUUGCGGAACAAGCAAGACAGACAACCUUUGUCAUGCUAGAAAUGCUUGCGGCUCUCCGAUUUCGUACGUGUUUAUUUCCCUUAUGAUCGCUGCAUUGCAUAUUUUCUCUGUCAUGUUGAACAAACUUGUGUUGCUGAAAUUACAACAAAAAGUGUGUUGUAAAACACUUUUUUCUUAGGAUAGCAGAAACUGAAAUUUCAGUGGCACCCGGACAAAAAUCCCGAAGACCCGGAGGUGGCUAUCAACAUGAAAAAUCCCCCCUCCCCAUACUCAAAGGGAGAUUUGUUUAGCAUCAUUUGCGAUCACAAAUCACGUUGCCAUGCCAGAAUGGAAGAUAUGCGGAUUGUAGGGGUGGCUGGCGUAGGAAAGCAUUGCGUCUUCAGCAUGACAGGAAGCAACUGGAAGUGGGCAACAGCAUGACAAAUCGCCUGCAAACGAGGCCGCAACUGCCUCUCUUGGCCUUCUAGGAAAACAAGUCGACUUGUGUACUCAAACACAGCAACACAAAUUUCGUUUGCGAUAUGGGGAGGGGGGAUUUUUUCUCACAAUAGUGGCCAAGUCGGUGUUUCAGUUCGUGGAGGAAUGCAAAAUUUGGUUUUUGCUCGACGAAGAGGAAUAUGCAUUGCAGAUAUCGAUCUGGGUCUGGAAGAGCCCGAACUUGUGAUGCUAGCUCUCGAGCAGACAAAAAUCUGUAUUGCGUGAAUGCCAAACGCUGUCCACUUUUGGCUACACAAAUAGCGGACUUUUCAUGCGCAGCACGCAUUAAGAAUAAGAACAAGAAGCCUCCGCAAAUAAUAAACCUGUAAUGCUUUGCGUGCAUUCCUGGCCAUCCAUGUGUUCCAGAAGAUGCAUGACAUUCUAGUGCACUCUUCCAGACCCAGACAUAUUUGCAUUUGAUAAAGGGGGCGAAGGGGGGACGAGUGUCGGGGGCAAGAGUCCGAUUUGAUUGAUUAAUGAAUCAAGAUCAGGCUGGGAGUAGGAGUACUGUUUCCACCCUAGUCGGUCGUCCUCGACGUCUUCCUGUCUUCUCCGGACCACGAUGGUGAAAAUAAAUUCGAGGUGCGCGGCGAUGUCAUGAUUUGUUGGCUCGCCUCGCUUCUGUCUCCGUGUUGCCCAUCCAAUGGAGACAACCUGGUGCUGCAGGAGCACUUCCUGUGCGAGCGAGAAUUCCUACCCUGGCAGGCGUGCCUGUGCUACUAACUUGGAGCAGUUCUAAAAUUCUAUACCCUCUUUCUUCACCCUGUAGUUUUCGUUGUACUUAACUCUUCUACCCACCACGACCUUGAGAAAUGAAACGAAUACGUUAAGUGAGUCAUAGUCUACUACCACAGUUGCAGUUUCUAUUUAAAAUACCUUACCUGUUGUUCCUGUUGUACUCAGAAGUCGUCGAGAGCGCGAGGUUUGACUUGAUACUCCUGUAUGAUGCUCAUCAUCUUCUCUACUUCUGUACAAAAAGCGCCGGACGGGGAAAAGAACGCACGACCCUUUUCACUAACAAAUUGUUGGUGUAAGAAUGAACGUUAAGAGGCUGCACCAAGAGAGCCGAAAAUGGAAUAUUCGUUCCGAACAAGACCCGGCCAAAUUUGAAGGCACGCGGCGGGGGGAGAGGAGACAGAGGAACUGUUCCACCCUCGUCGCACUGGUGCCGCUAAGUAGCAAACACAUUCGGAUGAUUUGUAGUAUCCUCUUUCUGCUUGAUGUUUGUAGUAUCUUCACUUCACCUCGGAUGUCUUUUGCUUGAUGUGUA